CUCCUUCAAGAAUAAUCACUGGCAUCUCCAAUUGUCACUCCUCGAAUGAAAAUGCCUUGUAUCUCUUCAUGAUCCAUUCCAUUCCUUGAGUUGUUCGCUCGAUCGUUCCGGAUUCCUCGGUCUGCACUCUCUUUCAUUCACUAGAAGCCCAAGAUGGAGAAAUCUAAGAAAUUCUACACUAAAGAUUACAUGUUGCGACCUGGCAUGUCAUUUGCCAUUCAGAUUGAAGAUCCGGUUCAGAGGAUAGAGGAAUUCAUGAACAGAUAUAAAAGGGAACCCGUCGCUGAAGGUUUCGAAGAAUCCCUGAUCACGAGGGAUCUCAGCGUUGUCAGUGCGACUGGGCCGCCGAAUGUCACCGCUGUUUUCGAGAUGGACAUCAUCCCCAUGUACGGAACCCGUAUGGGGAACGCUUCAGGCGCCGCCAUCACACUCAUACACGACAUCUGCACCACAAUGGCUAUGGCGCCCCUGGCGACAAAAGACUUCUGGCAUUUCGGCGGCGUGUCUAGAGUCCUCAGUGUCACGUACUUGAGGCCGACAAAGGUGGGCACCAAGGUGUUGAUCGAAUGCGAAGUUCUGCAGGUGGGAGCGCGAUUCGCGACGAUACGAGGGGUCAUGAAAGACAAAGCCACGGGCGAUCUCCUGUCCGUCUGUGAGCACAACAAAGCCAGCAUCAUCUUUCGCGACACAGCCAAGAUCUGAAUACAUAUUGCAUAUCUUGCGGCAUGUAUUCCACCGACAGGAUUCCCAUUGCCCAAAGGGUUUCAGUGUACCUCUGCCAAUCCAACAUACCAGCAGCCAGUUAUACACUUGAAGUGCUGUUCGAUGCAGGCCUCGCAACUCCCUAUUGUCUGUCAUCGAGCUCCCAAUCAGUUCCAUCGACGGGUGCAACGGGAAUAUAUUUAUUAGUUUGAGUUGUGGCACCAGCAAACCCCUUCUGCGGAUCUUAUCUCGUCCGUGCAGGAAAUUCCCGCCACUGUUCAGCCACUGACAUACCAUGGGCAUUCGGAUACGAGCGUGCCCAGAACAUGUUGACAGCCUGCUCGGAUCUUAUUGGGUGGAGGGCCGACGCCACUGCAGGGGAAAGAGAGAGAUGAUCUCAUACCGCGCGGGAGUCUUUUUUUCCAGGAAAAUCAUGGAAAUCCCAACCAACGCCGGAUUCCGUUCCCGCAAUGGUCUGCCUGGCAUAGUUUGAGGCUAUACAUAGACUUGUUUUCUCUCAUUCAGUGCCUUAUCUGUCUGU